ACAUAUGUAAAAAGUUAUAUGCAGGAAAAUUAGGUCACUAGUUGGUUUGUUAGGGUAAUUAGCAUGAUCAAGAGGAUCAUAUUUUCUAAAUAAAUUCUGACGAAAGCUCCAUAUGUGAGUCUCUGUCUCACGCAAUAACGCGUCUCUUUGGAGACUUGGUUUAAGCCUUGGCCUUUUUUCAUCUCAUUUUUGCUCUCUGAGAGCAACUGAUAUUAUAUCAUGGAGUGGGUCUCUCUGGAACUCACACGAAUUUCCUGCAGAGAUCUCAAAGCCUUCAAUUUCUUCCAGAAGCUAUCGGUCUAUGCAGAGGUCUACGCUUCUAAUGAUGAAUUAACGAAGAAGAAGAAGAAGAAGAACCAGCGGCAACAAUGUCUCGACAGCCAAAAGACCUCAGAAGACGGAGAAGGCGGCGGAAAUCCCGAAUGGAAUCACACCAUGCAAUUUGAUCUCAAAUCCAUCUCAUUCCCUGAUCAGGGCGAUCAUCUAUUUCUCAUCUUCAAAUUACGCUGCGCAGGUUUAAUCUUUCGCAACAGAUGUAUUGGGAAAGUUCGCGUUCCAUUCAAGGACUUGAUCGACGAGUUCAACGGCGCUGUUAGGUUUGUCAGUUACCAGGUUCGAACUAGUGAUGGGAAGCCUAAUGGGGUCUUGAAUUUUUCCUAUAAGGUGAAGGGUAAGGCUGGGAAGAACGGAGAUGAUUCCCCUGCUCCGAGAGUAGACUUUCCAUCUAGAACUAGAAUUCAUUUUUGUCCAGAGAAAGUCCAUUACCCACCAUUGCAAGUGCAACUUACGUCGCGAGACAAGUGCUUGUAUCCGUCCCUGGAUGAAAUCCGCUCUCCUUUGCCAGGAGUUAGCGCGCCUUCUCCAGAAUCUUAUAAUUGCAUUUUACCUCCACCGCCUUUUCCAUUGCCAGCUUUCGCGGUGGGUCAUGGUCCUUGUCCAUGGCCAUUGGUACAGAUUCCAGGGUCACAUUGGUACUCAACAGAGACAGCAUGUUAUGGUUACGGUCCGCGUGGGUAGCGUUGAGGGAGGGUAACUAGAGAGGGGUUGCCGUUAUCUUAGUUAACGUCACUAGUUUAUUGGCAAUUUCUAUGUAUUCCGUAUGAUGUCAGCUUUUUAGCAAUGGUAAUCAGAUUAAUCUA